CCUAUCUAAAUUCUAAAUUCAACAAAACCCAAAACUGCUGAGGAAAAAAAUACCAUUUCUUGCUCUCUUUCUUAUUUUGGAGUUCUGGGUUUGAAAAUAAAGGAUUGAUUUAUCUCUGUUUUCAGUUAAUGGAGAAGGAGGUAGGUUCAGCAGCAGCAGCUUUGGAAGGGUUUUCACCAGUCUCUACAACUAGGAUUUCGUGGAAUUCCAGGAAGAGAUCUGCUAGCGGGAGGAAUUUAGACAAGGUAACACAAGAGACUGCUAAUGUGACACCCACCAAACAGGAAGAACACACUCUUGAUCAAGACAAUGUACCGGAUCCCGCGACGGCUUCCGAACUUUCUGAGCGCCGGAAGUCUCUGUUUGAACCCCUGGAACCUAUAAAAAACGUCAAUGGCCGGCGACCAUUGGUUGAAUCUUUGCUUCCCCCACCCGACUUCGAUGCUGCAAGCUAUCCAAAGGGCUGGCUGAUCGGAAAGAAGAGGAAGCUGGUAAAUGUUGAUGUUGUCGAGAGCAUGCGAAGGAUUGCAGUCCAGGAAAUGAACAGAAAGGAUAGGGAAAUAGAUGGGUUGAACGAGCAGUUGGAAGAAGAUGCUCGGUGCUUAGAACAUCUACAACUGCAGCUUCUACAAGAGAAAAGUAAAAGGUCCGAGGUCGAGAGAGAAAAUGCAAUGCUACAAGAACAGGUAUCCAUGCUGAUGAACAUGUUGCAGGAAGGAGAGGAAGGUCCGGAUGAUCAUGAUGAACCUUGAAGAAAAAUUUCAUGGGAGAAUUGUAGUUCGUUUGUUGGUAUAAUUCUUUUGUUUGUAGGGCUUGUUUGCAAAAUAGUAAGAAGAGCAUGCAGGAUACGGCAUGCGAUGUAUACGGUGGCGACCUACCUAGGUAGAAAUGAUUAAGUUUGUUUGGCG